CUAUAAAUAUAAAUAAAAGUUAUUUCCUUUUCUAAUUUAAAGAGACAGAUAAGCAAAGUAAAUAAAAAAAAUUAAAGGAUAAUUUUGAAAAAAAUUUUCUCUUUUCCUACACAUCAAGCGAGAAGCUACAACCAAAAGAAAUUAAAAGAGAGAUAGGGAAAGAGAAAAAGGAAGGUUGGUGUUUUUGUUACUUCUCAUUUUGAUAGUUCCCUUAUGGUUUUCUUAAAAAGUAUUGUGUUUAAGGUCUAAAAUGAUAUCUACUCUCUCUCCACCAAAGAAGAGGCUGAUGAGAGACUUCAAGAGGCUAGAACAGGAUCUACCCGCUAGUUUUAGUGGGGCUGCUCAAGAUAAUAAUAUCAUGCUUUGGAAUGCUAUCAUUUUUGGGUAAUUUAAAAGUUUAAAGCUAAACCGGAAAGAAAAUGAGUUUGGAAUAAUUCAUUUUGAAGAUUAGGUUUGUAGUGGUCAGGUUGGAUUAUAGGCCUUGACAAGCUCUCAAUGGGUUGUUUGGUUUCUCCGAGAUACGGUACUUCUAUUAAUCUUCUUGGUCAUGAAGAUGCAAGCAUUCCUAUCUUUGGAGAUGAUUAUAAGGAAAUUGAAAAAGAAUAGUGUAGCACUUGAUAUUGUGAAUUUUGGCGAACAUGAAGAAGGGAAGAUAGAUAAGCUAGAAGCACUUCUUACUACCAUUAACAAUAGUGAUACCAAUCAUAUUUUUCAUGAUCCAGCUGGUGCUAAUGCUUUUUUUAAUGUACUUAUAAGGUGGAAGUGGUUUUAUUGCUGCUGCUGUAGCUGGUGGCAUCUCCAAACUAGUAUCAUACUUUGUAAAAUUGUCCUUGUUAGGUAUCGUGUAUUUUUAGGACAUAAGCAGUACUUUGUUUCCUCAGAUGUUGGUGCUGGAAAGAUGCAGUGGUAUGCAUUUCACAAGGAACCAACUGGUGAUGUGGAUAGCAAUGAGAGACUACUUAAAAUAUUCAAGGGGUGGUGUGAUAAUGUGAUAGGUUUAUUACUUGCUACCGAUGAAGAUUCAAUUCUUAGAGGCGACAUAUAUGACCGAACACUCUCACUAACUUGUGGAAGGGGGCGUGUAACCUUGCUUGGGGAUUCUAUCCAUGCAAUGCAGCCAAAUAUGGGUCAAAGGGGAUGUAUGGCCUUUAAGCUAUGAGAGAGCUAGAAGAUUGUGAGUUGCCAUCAUCCAUGGAAUGGCAAGAAUGGCUGCAAUCAUGGCUUCAACUUACCAGGCUUAUUUAAGUAUAAGGCUAGGUCCAUUGUCGGUUGCUUAAAAUUGUCUAUCCAUUGGAGGAGUUAAUUAUCACACAAAAAUUUGUUGUGUAAUUUCAUUGGUAAGCCUAAGCUUCAACUAUCAUGGUUGUAUUCCACUUAUUUAUAUGAUUUACCUGUAUCACUAUCAAAACUGAUCUAUGUGAUCAUAAAACUGUUAAAAUUUGAUGUAACUUUAAUCAUAUUCAAGUCUAUCAUUAGUUUUAAUUGUGACUGUUUUGAGGGUAUACAAUCCGAUGUAUAAUAAUUGGAUUAAAAUCGACUUACUGUUUGUUUAAUGAUUAUGAGUUUAACAAAGGUUAUGCAUUUCAUGAUUGUAGAGUUGUUGUGUAAGAUAAGACUAUUUGUUUUAGAAAUAAGCAAAGGAAUAUGGAUUAAAAUUUGAAGUCAAGAAACAAUAUGAAAAGAUGAUGAUGAUGACUCUAAAGCUAGGCAUUUUAUUUAUAUGACCUGCAAAUUGAUUUUGGUAAAACUAUUCAAGCCAAUUACAAUCGGGUAGGUAACUUUUUGUGGUUUCAUUUUAGAGUUUUCCCAUCUAAUGCUAUAAAGGUGUUUGUUUUACCAAAGGGGUACUCUCUUCUAGCAUGCCUAUGUGUCAUGGUUAAGAGCAAUUGUAUGCGGUCCCCUAAUCAUUCUUCCUAAACAUGGUGUUCGUUACCCUUUUACCAAACCUUGCAAGGAAGUUCCCAUUAUUUUUGGUAAUAAACUCUGAAUGAGAUGAUUUAAAACUACAUCUAUUUGCUUGUUUAAGUGACCUUACUUUUGUUGACGUAAAUCACCAUGGAUGAUGAUUAAACUGCAGUAGAAUGGUUCAAUGCUGAUUCUGAAGCAGUUAUUAGCCAGGCUCUUUAGAUAGGGGGAGGACCAAAUGUCUCUGAUGCUUAUAGCAUUAAUGAACUCCCAGGACCACUCUACAACUGUUAUUUUUGACACAGAUGGGUGUCUACACAGAGCACCAUUAUUUUUGACAAAGACAAGAUCAUUGGGUGCAUGUACCUCAUAGCAGCAGUCGUAGUUCUUUCAAGCAAUGUGGUCUUGCAGGUACACUUGAGAAACAAAUAUAGGAGGCAGAAUAUGAGUUUUUGCUUUUCCUUUUUCCGUAAGAUAUCGUGUUUUACAGGCAACAACUUUAGGUGAAUUUCCUGCUUCGAUGUCCUUGUGUGCGAUAACUUCCUUGAAUGGAGUGAUUAUAACGGCAAUGGUUUAAUUGGACGAAUAUCUGUUCUUUUUAUUAGUCAUAUAUCACUACCCCGCUCUAUCUCCUCGGAGUAAGAAGGGAUGAGGCGAAUAAAGGGGUCGAGAGGUUCCAUCUCUUCGAAAGCCAGGAAGUGAAGAAAAAGCAAAAGAAUUGUUAUAGUUUAAUUUAUUAGUCUUGAGCCUUAGAACGGAAACUAGAAAAUAGAUUCUUCUUGGCCUUCCGAAACGUAGCCUUACUACUUAGAGCUUAUAGCCUUUUAUAAGGAAAGACUACAUCUUUAUUCUAGGCAUCAAUUGACUUUGGGUGCAAAGACUAACAAACGUAACUUUGAUACGUGAGUUUUUAAUUUAUAGGAUUAUUGUGCUUAUUACUUAGAUUUGAUAUUAGAUUUUGUUAUUGAUGGAUUUGUGUGGAUAUUAUCUUUAUUUUAUAAAGUUUUUAUUUUAUUUUUCCAGAAACCUGUUCAUUUUGGAGUUGUUCCUUUGUUUGCAUAAACCUGUUCAUUUUGGAAAGAUGAAAAAUUGAUGGAAACAAACAAAUUAUCCUUUGUUUUUUUUUUUUUUUUGUUGCAACUAUUUUAGAACUUUGACUUCAAAUUACUAUAUUUUCUACCUUUCUUUUCGUAAUGCUUUAGUGAAAUUUAUAAAUUAGGCAAAUCUUCCUAUUGUGAUGAACUUCAACCCUAAGGUUAUUGAUAUUUGUAGAUUGAAGAUCCAAAUCUUUUCCCAUAUUGACCUUUACUUGAUUUCAUUGCAUUUUCAUUAUGCUCAUUAUUAUCUCAUGAGUGCUCAAGAGAAUGCUUCUGCUGUACUUUAUGCA